AGUUCGUUUUCAGGACCACCCGUGAAUAGAACAAGUUGUGUUUAUCCCCCAGCAGCCCCAACGACAUAUAUUGAAUUCGAUCUCCCAUGACUGAACUAUUUCCACGUCGCACACAGAAAACGACAGCUCCAUUCUAGAACAGACAAGCAGCAGUUAGUUUGAGUAAGUUUUUUUUCCUUUUCAGACUAAGAAUCAAACAAAAUGGCGGACUUGUCAUGGCAUCAGAACCGCAUUCGGGAUGGUGCCCGUGGUGGUACCGAGAAUUUCAACUGGGACUCCAUCAAAAACCACGCAUGGAAGGACCGGGAGGCCUACCUGGGUGCCUCAGUCAAGGUGGGCACCAUGGGAAAGAUGAGUAUAAUUUGACGUUUUCUAUUGUUUGUAGUUGAUGCGCUGAUCAUCUCAAGUAAAGAGCAAUUAGUGCUGCGUGAACGAAUUUUGCCUCGGUUUUUUUUGCUCCGCAUUUUCCCAUUGUAAAGACCAUUUUACAACUCAUUCAGGCUCGUUCAACCGUUCCGAUUGGUGGCAGUACAAUCGCGGGGACGCGAAAUCGAGACAAGAGGAGCAAAACACGAUCAAGGAGUUCGAAGACCAGCUUUUCGCCGAAGCGUUGGGGCAGAAGCCAAAGAAGCUACUCCUUUCCAAGCAGCGGCUGACAGCGGAGGAGAUGAAGCAGGCACUCUCGAAAGAGGACAUGGAGGUCGAAGACCCCGAUGGCGCGCAGGAAGGCGCCGACUUUACCGUCAAGGGGCUCGGUUUCGCCGCGCACCGAAGCGAGGAGUUGGAGCUGAAGAAGGCGAAAUUGUAUGGGCUGACGGACGCCCUCGUCGACGGCGAGACUACCGGAAAGAUGACCGGGGUUGAGGCGCAGAGGCACGGCGCGGCGCUGCCACCAGGAUUCGGUGGAAACGACGACGAAAAUUCGGAAGCCGCGGCGCGAAAGAAGAAGGAGGAGCUGCUGCGCAAGUACGGCGGGGGCGGGUCAACGGCAUCUGUUCCAUUGGGCACCAUGGCCGCAGCUUCAGCGAACGAUGAGGACAUGAUGAAAGACCUGAAGAACGACCGGAAAUCGCCGAAAAGACUCGGAAAGUCUGGGAAUGUGAAACCAGAGGAACAGCAGAAUGCGAACAAUGGUGCAGGAGGGUCCUCGUCGUCCUCGUCCGCAACGGCAGCGGCAAACAUCAGCAGAGACAACAGCGGGGAAAGUCGCGAUCAAAACACCCCGCCACUUAUUCCUAGGAAAGCCCCCCAUCCGGACGCCAUGGCCCCACCCGCGAACGCCUCGGCAAAACUCCCCGUGCAGAAAGUACCCGAUCCGAAACCUAGGCUGACAAAGGAGGAACAGAAGAAAUUGAAGAAGGAAAAGAAGGCGGAAAAAAAGCGCCAGAAGAAGGUCAAAAAAGAAAAGAAAAAAGAAAAGAAGCGGGAGAAGAAGGUUCGAAAAGAUGAGAAGAAGGCAAAGAAGAGAAGGCGCGAGCAACUAAACCGCUACCGGCGUGACAACUCGUCCGAUAGUGACAGCAGUUCGGAUUCUAGCUCCUCGACGGGAUAGACCAUUUGUGAAGAACAAGCACUUCCACACCACGGAGCUGGAUUCAUUCGUCCUUUGAAUCUUGAACUUCAUCUUGGUAACCAAAAACCGAUUUGUUGAUACACCACCUCAAGCGACACGAAGAGCAAGGUUUUAUUUUGAAGCAUACGCAAAAUUAUAUGAAUAUGUGUAUGUCUUAGUCUUACAACAUGAUAACUCUCUCCUCAACGAUCUCAAUCGUUAUCGAUGGUCCUCAGUCAAGCUCAUGAGCAAGGCAAUUGAGACCACAUUUCAACUUCUACCGAAGUGCGCCAUGCUCUUGUUCAUCGUUGGAUGAAGCUUUCCCUGCGACGUGCUCUUCGCUCCGCUUUUGCAACGGAAGUUUUCGAAAUUCGACACAAGUCGAAAACUGUAUGAAACCACGGCCUCUAUGGUAUAUUGUCAUAAUCGCCACUCUU